AUGACGAGCAUCGACGACCUCUUCAAANAGCCAUUCCUUCCCUCGACCAACGGCGGUACCAAGCGCAAAUUCGACGGCCAAGAUGCAGAAGCAGCCUACAAAUCAGCAAAACUAGAUGCCAGUGUCGAGGAUGCGCCAGAGAACGAAGACGAUGAUAUGGAGGCCGGACCCGAGCUACCGCCUGACGAGGACGAAGAUGAAGAGGGCCGCUUCUUUGGCAGCGGCACAAAUCAACAUACCAAUGCUGCUCUGGACUUUGUCGAUCGAGCAGACGAUGGCGCAGACAUCAAGGCAGAGAAGAUAGAUCAAGCAUGGGUGCGCCGUCUAGGCUUGAGUUUCGAGCGGAAGAUCAACAAGAACAGCGAGCUGCGCGCAAAGUACGAAAGCGACCCUUCACGCUUUGUCGCCAGCGAGGCCGACCUGGACGCCGAGAUCAAGAGCUUGAGCAUUCUGUCAGAACACCCAGAGCUAUACAAGGACUUUGCAAAGAUCGGCUGCGCAGCAAGUCUAGUUUCUCUGCUCUCCCACGAGAACACAGAUAUCGCCAUCGAUGCCAUUGAGAUCAUUUCCGAACUUCUGGACGACGAUGUAGAAGCAGAGCAAGAGCAAUGGGACGCCCUAGUAUCAGCCAUGCUCGAAGCCGACCUCAUCGACUUACUCCUCGCCAACCUCGACCGCCUAGACGAAACCCUCGAAGCCGAUCGAAGCGGUGUCUACCACUCCCUCUCCGUCCUCGAAGCCCUCUCCUCCAACUCCACAAUCGCAGACACAAUCGCCCAAGACCCCAUCCUCAAAUACCUGCUUUCCCGCAUCUCUCGCUCCGAAAAAUCAGUGUCGCAGAACAAACAAUACGCAGCCGAAGUCCUCCAAGUGCUAUCUCAAGCCUCUACAUCCGUUCGCGAUCGCUUAAUCUCGCUCGACGCAAUCGACAAACUCCUACAAUUACUUUCUGCAUACCGAAAACGCGAUCCCGAACGCGACAGCACAGAACAAGAAUACGCCGAAGACCUUUUCGACACACUAACAAUCCUCUCCGCGCCACUACCCGGCAAAACCGCUUUCCUGCAAGCAGAAGGCACAGAACUGAUGCUCCUCAUGCUCAAAGAAGCCAAAUUCUCAAAACCGCGCGCGCUCAAGGUGUUGGAUCAUGCACUCUCCGGCUCCUCUGGCCAAGCGGUAGCGGAAAAAUUCGUAGAUGCUGCAGGACUGAAACCUCUGUUUUCCACAUUCAUGAAGAAGAAUCUGGAAGCUGCGGAUACGGAACAUGUGUUGGGAAUCUUUUCUGCCUUGUUGCGUUUGCUGCCUGGCGAGUCGUCCCAACGUAUCCGUCUACUCGCCAAAUUCGUGGAAAAGGAGUACGAAAAGUUGGAUAAACUGGUGAAGUUACGACAUGAGUAUGCGGCAAAGGCUGGCGUUGCAGAUGACAUUGACGCAGGAGCUGCCGUAUAUUGUCUCAAUACUCUGGAUGUCAUCUUGGUCUGGCUGGUUGCUGAGGAUGCUGGUGCGAGGAAGAGGAUCAUAGCAGGGUUGGCAGAUAGAGAUGAAGGACUGGAGACACUGAAGAAGAGUUUGCAAGAACAACUUGGAGAGGUUGAUACCGAGGAAGAAGGGAAUGUGGCUGAGAUGCUUACAGCACUGAUCGAGUGCUUGUAG